AUGCUGGGUGUUGCAGCGCUUGUCAGCUCGAUUGCCCUCACCCUCUGCUACUUCAUCCUCGUCCCAUUUAUCAACUACUUUCGCGACCCCAAAGGCCUGCGAAAGUAUCCCAAGUUGUCCUUCUGGUCUGGUAUUUCAGACCUACCUUUCAUCUACGAGUCGCACCGAGGAUUCCGAUCCAAUGCCGUACUCAAGGCACACCGACAAUCACCUGUUGUGCGAAUCGGACCCAAUGCCCUUUCUUUCUCAAGUCCCAAGGCCAUCAAAGAUAUCUAUGGGCACAACACCGCAUGCACAAAAGACCUCUUCUAUCAAGAGCUUGCAGGAUCACAUUUCCACCUGGCAGAUGUCAUUGACAAGUCCGACCAUGCACGCAAGAGGAAAAUGCUCUCCAGUGCCUACGCCAUCAAGAAUCUGGAAGGCUGGGAGCACAAGGUGGCCGACAUGACCGGCCGAAUGAUUCGGGCAUUUGAUGCCCGCUGUAUGGCGCCACUUGUCAAAGGGCAAGAUCCAAGCCAGCAAGAUCUCACCGUUGACUACCGCAUGUGGUCAAAUCUCUUCACCGUGGCGGCGAUUGCAAACAUCGGAUUGAGCGAGGAUCUAGGGUUCCUCGACCGGGGUGACGACCUGAUCACCUCUGAGGCAGCAGACGGGACGUUGAAGCAGGUCCAUUUCCGAGAGUGCCUUUCAGCCACAGCGUGGGCACAGUCGAAUCUGGUCUGGUCAUACAGCUGGUACAAGCGAUUCGUCACACUCAGCAACCUCGUGUCUCCCACAUACCGGCAGAAAUGGAGGCUGAACAAAGAUUGGGAUGGCAUCGUGCGCAACCGAGCCACCACCCGGUUUAAGCGGUAUCAGGCCGGAGAGAAACUGGACGACUUUUUCACUGCCAUUCUACACGACAAGGCCGGGACUCCCAACAACCUGGAGUGGGGAGAGAUGGUGGCCGAAGUGAGUAUCAUGAUGAAUGCCGGGUCGGACACCACAGCCAUCGCUAUGAAUAACGUCAUGUUCUUGCUACUGAAACACCCAGCUUGCCUGAACAAGUUGAGGGAAGAGCUCGACGGUGCCCUCGACGACGACGAGGACGUGGCCCCCUACGACAAGGUCAAGCAUCUGCCCUACCUACGGGCCUGCCUGGAUGAGAGUAUGCGGCUGCUUCCACCCACCACCUUUGGUCUUCCUCGCCGCACCCCGGCCGAGGGAGCCCCCGUGGAUGGCGACUUCAUUGCAGGCCAUACAUCGGUCUCGAUUUCGUCGUACAUUGCACAUCGCGACCCGACCGUGUUUCCAGAGCCGGAGCAAUACAGACCAGAACGAUGGCUGGGCGAUGCUGGAAAGGAACUCCAGCCUUAUUUCAUUGCCUUUUCCGCGGGGGCGCGCGGCUGCAUUGGGCGUAACAUCAGCUACCUGGAGCAAAUGGUGGUGUUGGCCUCGCUGUUGCACCGCUACGAGUUUGCCCUACCACAUGCGCGGUGGGAGCCGACUAGGAGAGAGAACUUCAACUUGUCUCCAGGACCGAUGCCGCUCAAGAUCUGGAAGAGGAAAUGCUUGAGUGACGCCUGA